GAUUUUUACAUCUCUAAGGCAUAUAUACGGAAAAGCUCCUAAAAUCGGGGAACUUCUAUACCAUUUACAAAAACAACUAUGAUAUGUUGCAAAGCUGGAGGUAUAUCUUACUUAGCACACGUCAGUGACACAUAUUGGUGUGAUAUACCUGACUGGUAUCUACAACCGUAUAAAAUAGACAUACGUUAUCAAGGACCAUCUGCAUUUAAGUUGAGAAAAAUCGGAGGUGUGUCUUAACGCUGACCGAUCAAAAUGGCGGCGUUCGAAAGAUUUUACGAGGCGGAAUAUCCGCCAGUUGACUCAGUUGUUAUGGCAAAGAUAAUCAGCAUUGGUGAGACAAUGUUUCAAGCUAAACUGCUCGAGUACGACAAAACGGCCUUCAUUCUCAGAAGUUGUAUUUUGGGCAACGGUCGACUAGUCAGAGCUACUAGACGCAGCACUGCCUUCAAACUCGGAGACGAGGUUCCCCGGCACGUGCUCAGAGUGGAGCCUAGCACAGAUUUCAUUGAUUUGUCGUCCAAGGGAUUACCUUAUGAGGAGGCUAGAUACCAUAAAGAACAAUAUCAUAAGUCAAAGAUGGUGGUCUCCAUCCUGCGGCACACUUGUAUCCAGAUGAACCUUGACGAGAAAUCCUGCGAGAAUCUCGUGAGGAACACGUCCUGGUAUUUUGAUAAGAAGUUUGACAGAAGGGGAAAGACGUAUGAAAUAUUCCAGGGUGCUGCGAGCAAUCCGUGUGUUUUGGAUGAAUGUGAUAUUGAUACUGAAACCAGAGCUACUCUGCUACGAGUCAUCAGGUUGAAGUUCGCUCCAAAGCUCGUCGCACUGAGAUCAGUUGUUGAAGUGACGUGUUUUACUUAUGAGGGUAUUGAUGCCAUAAAGAGAGCUCUUAGAGAAGGAUUGUCGGUAGCUAUAGACUCCUGUCCACUUGAGGUAGGUGUCACCCUUCCAUAA